UCCACGGACGCGCAGUUGAGUGGUAUUAGAGCAUCUUGCUUCCUGACAGAGCGCGCCGUCGAACCGCACCUCUCGUUUCUUCUCCGUUCCGUUACCGAGUCACGAUGACGCACGCACACCCCUUCCUGACCACUGAGCAGAAGAAGGAGCUCAGUGACAUCGCGCAGAGGAUCGUGGCCCCUGGGAAGGGCAUCCUCGCGGCCGAUGAGUCCACAGGCAGUAUCGCCAAGCGCUUCCAGAGCAUCAACGCCGAGAACACGGAGGAGAAUCGGCGCCUGUACCGGCAGCUGCUCUUCGCGGCAGACGACCGCAUCAAGCCGUGCAUCGGCGGAGUCAUCUUCUUCCAUGAGACCCUGUAUCAGAAGGAUGAUAGCGGCAAGCCCUUCCCCCAGCUGAUCAAGGACAAGGGCAUCGUGGUGGGCAUCAAGGUGGACAAAGGCGUGGUGCCGCUGGCGGGCACCAAUGGGGAAACCACGACCCAGGGCCUCGACGGGCUCUACGAGCGCUGCGCACAGUACAAGAAGGACGGUGCCGACUUUGCCAAGUGGCGCUGCGUUCUCAAGAUUACGCCGACCACGCCGUCCAGCCUGGCCAUCAUGGAGAACGCCAACGUGCUCGCCCGAUACGCCAGCAUCUGCCAGAUGCACGGCAUCGUGCCCAUCGUGGAGCCCGAGAUCCUGCCUGACGGGGACCACGACCUGCAACGCUGCCAGUACGUCACAGAGAAGGUGCUGGCUGCCGUGUACAAGGCGCUCUCGGACCACCACGUGUACCUGGAGGGCACCCUCCUGAAGCCCAACAUGGUGACGGCCGGUCACUCGUGCCCGCAGAAGUACGCGGCCCAGGAGAUUGCCAUGGCCACCGUCACCGCCCUGCGCCGCACCGUGCCUCCAGCCGUUCCCGGCGUCACCUUCCUGUCCGGAGGGCAGAGCGAGGAGGAGGCCACCAUCAACCUGAACGCCAUCAACAACUGCCCGCUGCACAAGCCCUGGGCGCUCACCUUCUCGUAUGGACGUGCCCUGCAGGCCUCCGCUCUCAAAGCCUGGGGCGGGAAGAAGGAGAACGGCAAGGCGUGCCAGGAGGAGUAUAUCAAGCGGGCCCUGAACAACAGCCAAGCGGCCCUCGGCAAGUACGUGUCCACGGGGGACAAAGGCACCGCUGCCGGAGAGUCUCUGUUUGUGGCGAACCACGCCUACUGAGCUAGGACUCCGCCCACCAAAGUGCUUCUGCUCCACCUCCACACCUCACUCACCACCUGCUCAGCUCCCUCCAUUUCCAGGGCCUGUUGCUCCGCCCUUCUCCCAGCAGCCCCUUUCUACAUGUGUGAGGUCACCAGAGGGAUGCGCCUGCCAUGCGGCGAGGAAGAGGGCAGCGUGGACCCUUGUGUGUUGGAGAGCUACCACCUCUCCCUGUGUGUGUGUGUCAGUCAAAUGGCAUCACGUGUACUCUGCACAUGUAUGUCCUACAACAUGUAUUGCCUUCUCUAGCCCAGAGAGCUAUUGUGGAAGGUGUUGUGCUGCAUGUUCCUGUAUGAAUAUACUGUACACUGGAAACAGAAAAUAAAAUAUACUGUCGGCUGUC